GUUUUGAAUAAGCGUCGUUGACAGCGCAACCAUACUUCUUCUCUUUCAUUCGUAAAUACAUAUUGUGCACCCUGUGGAAAUUCCGAGACUUUCACCUUCGAAAAUAGGUCGCCAUACGUAUUGUGAAGUGAUUCUUGUAAAAAGCCUUUCAGAGUAGUGCUGAGGUGAUUCGUUACUUGAACAAUUUCAACUUAGAAAUGGGAUUCGAUGGAUCAUUGAGACCAAAACAACCUCGACCUUACACACAACCGCCAUCGUCAACUGUAGGCACCGCAUCGAACGGAAAUCAAGCAUAUAGCCGUGCAGUCGGACCGCUGACCCACCGGACAGUGCCCUCUAUGUCGGGAUCCGCUGGAGUUAGUAGAACUUAUCUGAAUAACAGUUCGUAUGUGGGUACUGGAAAUACGACCAUGACUCAAAUGGCGGUCGCGCCUACACAGGGAGCAGAUUCUAUUCAGCAACUCUCAAUUCCACCUCCACCACCAAGUCGUCCACUGUCUGCUUUUGAUAUGACAGCACCUGAAGAGACAUCGAAAAAAAUGGAACUUGAAACUAUCAAGGAAGUGAUUAAAAAAGAGCCAGGCUUAGCAGAGCGUGUUACUUCUCUCAAAGUCAAUGGCAUCGGUUUUGAUGUUGAUUUUGUUGUUGGUUCGACAUUAAAUACUUCACAUUUCGAGGCGCAUCGUAUUGUGAUGGCUGCAGGGUCAAAAAUAUUUGAGAGGAUGCUUUUCGGUGAAGACGACUCUUUAUCACCAAUGAUUAAGAAACGGAAGGGACCAGAUCUGAACUGUCCGAUAGUUACAAUACACUUUUCCGAUGUUGAUCCAAUUGCUUUCCAAACAAUCAUUGAUUAUAUUUACUCGGAUUUCGAUGAAACUUCGAUUAAAAUAGCAGAAUCAGCUGUACUUAAUACACUUUACGCUGCAAAAAAAUUCGAAAUAGCGGUGCUAGAAAAACAUUGCGUUGAACUGCUUGGUGAAUUGACACCGUCGUUAGCAGUCGCACUUUUGGAACAGGCGAUUAGCUUUGGUUCAGAAGAAUUACUGGAUCGAUGUCAUCAAGUUAUUGAUGAACGAAGUGACGAAGCACUUUCAUCGGAUUCACUUACGACUAUCAGUAUUGAAACCUUGAAAAAAUUGGUUAGACGUUCAGAACUCUCACCAUCCGGAGAAUUGUCAGUUUUCAAAGCAGUGUGUAAUUGGGCUGAAGCGGAGUGUAAACGUCGUGGAAUUGAUGUAACAUCAGAAAAUAAACGCCUCGUUGUUGGCGAUGUUCUCAAUGAUGUACGAUUCCCAACAAUGACCGUUGAGGAGUUAGGUGAAGCAGCAAACUCUGGUCUUUUGAGUGAUCUGGAAAUUGGUGUCCUAUUCCGUUAUGUAACAUCCACGGUUCAUGUGGGCAUCGAUUUGCCCUAUCCCACACAUGAACGAAGGAUUUUGAGUCGAUCGCGCUAUGUGGUGCGACGUUUUAUGAAUCUGAAUAAGAACACUUGUAAAAAACAACGCAGUACAAUUUGGUUCAUUGUGAAUCGCGAAAUACUGGUGACAGCGCUUGGUAUCUAUGGCUUAGUACAGAAUGAAACGAAUGCUGAGGGCAGCGAAUGGGAAACGACCGUUGACGUUGAGGUAGCAGCUUCUGGUCAAACAAAGGCAACUGAUUUUGCAUCUGUAACGUUGAAAGGUACCUAUGGUGAUGGACGCGCGUUUAUUGCACAUUUUAAAAAACCCGCACGAAUUGUCGCAAAUGUGCCGUAUAGAGCAACAGUGAUAUUCAAGGAAGAAGUUGAAACAUUUGCGGGAGGCAAUGGUCAGGAAGAUAUCCUUGUUUACGUUGGAUCCGGGGGUACGGUUGAACAAAAUUGUACCGGUACUACUCCAGCAGUUGACCAGUCUUCCGUAGCAGUGUUCGCCUUUCACAACGAUGAUCCAAAUGGUAUACGUCGAGGUAUGACACGUGGUCCUGCUGUGUACACCGAUGCUAUCGGAGGUUUUUACAAUCGGCCUACCAAUAAUGUUGCACCAAUACAUUCCGAAGGAUGCCUUUACGAAGGACAAAUUCCAGAAAUUCAUUUUAUGGCACCAGUGGAAGUGAAAAAGGAAGUUUCAGAUGUGUGAUGGUUUGAAAUUGAAAUGCUUUUCAAAUUAUUAUUUGUUUUUCUAAUAACACUGCUCUAAACGCUUAGUGGAGUAGUGAUGGAUGCAUUUUCUGGAUGGGAAAUCUCAAGUUUUCAUGCUUGUUUACCUGUCAGUAAAGUUUCUCUCCCUCCAAACUAUAAAAUUUUUGUUUCUGUCGUGUCAUUCAAAUAAACUACCACAUCAGUUUGUUUCAUCAUUCUGAGCCAUGUUGUUAUCUUUUAGGAAUCCUUUUUUGCCCCCUGAAUAAUUGUUAAGUAUUCUUCGAGACGCUUACUGUUCCCUCCAGUGACUUGCUGUAUUAGACACUUUUUUUUCUUUUUUCACCACUG